UAGAAUACCCUAUUCUAGUAACCUUGGCAAGGACUAUUGCACUUUACUUUCUGUACAUAGUUUUAUUUUCUACGCGCACGUAGCGCACGUGCUCAUUUAAAACCCUAACCUCAAAAAACAUCUUAAAACAUUCCAACUACUGGAGUUUAUAAUCAGAAUCAUGAAGACGAAAACUAAAAAAACUGAAUCCAAACCCACGUCUAAUUUAAAUGAUGAACCAGAAAAAGUUAUUCUCCCGGCUAAAAGAAGAUCCGAUGGAGCUAUUGAAAAAAAGGCAAAAUGGAGAAACAGACAGCGAGUUCUAGUUCUGGCUUACAGAGGAAUAAGUCUCAGGUCUCGUCACUUGAUGGAAGAUUUAAAAAAAAUUAUGCCGCAUCAUCGUCCCGAGGCUAAAAUUGAACGUCAGAAAAAUCUCCAAGCCAUUAACGAAAUUUGUGAAGCGAAAAAUUGCACGAAAGCUAUUUUAUUUGAGGGCAGACUUAAACGAGAUCUCUACAUGUGGCUGGCUAAUGUUCCUUCUGGUCCUUCUGCUAAAUUUCUCGUUGAAAACAUUCACACGAUGGGCGAAUUAAAAUUAACUGGAAAUUGUUUAAGAGGAUCGCGUCCAUUGUUGUCUUUUGACGAAAAUUUUUCCACCGACGUACAAUACGUUCUUCUGAAAGAAUUGCUAACGCAAAUUUUUGGAGUUCCAAAUCAUCAUCCAAAAAGUCAACCAUUUUUUGAUCACGUCUACACCUUCAGUAUUUUGGACAACAGGAUAUGGUUUAGAAAUUAUCAGAUUCUAACAGAAGACGGCGGCUUAGUAGAAAUAGGGCCGCGGUUUGUUUUGAAUCCGAUUAAAAUAUUCUCUGGUAGUUUCUGUGGACAAACUGUUUGGGAAAAUCCUCAUUAUAUUUCUCCAGGUAAAUAUCUGAGGUCAUUCAAAGAAAUAGCUGGAAAAAAAUACUUGAAUCGCGUUGAGCAGAAAGUUGCGCUUGAAUUAAAUAAACCGGAAGUUACUCAUGACCUUAAUCCACUGGAUGAUAUUUUUGCCGGAGAUGUUACUAAGAAAGCAAAUGAUUUAGAUAAAGUAGAAUCUAAAGCUACGAAAAAAAUAAAAACAACAAAAUUUUCAAAGAAAAAAAAAAUUAAGAAAAAUUAAUGUUUUAUGUUUUAUAUUUAUAAAAUAAAAUUAUAAAGUUUA